GAGUCUGGAGCAGCGGCAGCAGCAGCGGCAACAGCGGCAGCAGUGAAUGGAGCUCCACUGCCUUUCCUCGCCUCACAGUGCGGGAAUUACACCAGCCGAGAGCGUAAUGGACACGGAAGGGAGCCAGAGCAGCCUUUCCUCCGGCACGGACAACUCCCCCCACGACCCCUGCAAAAUGUUCAUCGGGGGUCUGAGUUGGCAGACGACACAAGAGGGGCUGAAGGAGUACUUCUGUAAAUUCGGCGAGGUGAAGGAGUGCAUGGUGAUGCGAGAUCCCGUUACCAAGCGGUCGAGGGGCUUCGGGUUCGUAACGUACGCAGACCAAGACGGUGUCGAAAAGGUUUUGGCGCAAAACAGACACGACCUGGACUCAAAAACGAUCGACCCUAAAGUGGCGUUUCCCCGUCGGGCCCAGCCCAAGCUGGUGACCAGGACAAAGAAGAUCUUUGUCGGAGGGCUGUCAGUCAAUACCACCAUCGAAGAUGUGAAGCAAUACUUCGACCAGUUUGGAAAGGUUGACGAUGCCAUGCUCAUGUUCGACAAAACAACCAACAGACACAGAGGUUUUGGCUUUGUUACCUUUGAGAGUGAGGAUGUGGUGGAGAAAGUGUGUGAGAUUCACUUCCAUGAGAUCAACAACAAAAUGGUGGAAUGUAAGAAAGCCCAGCCCAAGGAGGUGAUGACACCGACAGGCUCAGCCAGAGGCCGCUCCAGAGUGAUGCCUUAUGGGAUGGACGCCUUCAUGCUGGGCAUCGGCAUGCUGGAACCAAAAAGAGAACAUCUACAACUAUCAACUACUCCAAACAUGUGGCUAGGCUACCCAGGUUUUCAGACUACUACCUACACCAGCCGCAGCUACUCUGGAAUUGCGCCUGGCUACACUUAUCAAUUCCCAGAAUUCCAUUUAGAGAGAACCCCCCUCAUGACAUCAUCCCAGCACCCUGAGCUGGCAGCCAUUCCUCUGACUGCAUAUGGACCAAUGGCAGCAGCCGCCGCAGCAGCAGUAGUUAGAGGCUCCACGCCUUCACGCACAGCUGGUUUCCUGGGCACCAGCAGCCCUGGACCAAUGGCUGACCUGUAUGCUGCAGCCAAUCAGGACUCAGGAAUCGGCGGCUACAUGAGCGCCGCCAGCCCCGCCCCCAGUUCAGGGUUCGGCCACGGUCUAGGGGGUCCUCUGAUUGCUACUGCGUUCACUAAUGGCUACCACUGAGGCGACCCAGGUCACUGAAGAUGGGGGGGCUCUUCCUCUGCUGACGAGCCAAUCACAAUGCUGGCUGCCCACUGAUGGCACAACCUGAUUGGCCGGCCACAGGCUUUACCGGGCUCCCUGUGGCUCCACCCACCGACUGAAUAUCUUUUUAAAUCCUGAACUCUUGUUUUGCUGUACUAAUCUCACUUCGACAUAACGUCCCCAUUGCUCCUUGUUUUGUCCUCACGUAGUCUGAUAACUAGAUUCCACCCGCUCUCAUUCUCUUUCUUCUUUUGAUGCUGAGAAAAGAAAACUCGAAAAAAAAAAAAAAAAAAAUAGAUCUCCGAAGAAACAUUUGUCAUCUUUGACAAAGACACAGAGGACUAUUGACUUUUUAAUAAUAAUAAUAAUUUUAUUUCAAUGUUACAUGUCGUUUCAUCAUGAAAUCUUUGAAAGCUGUUACAGAGGGAGAAAACGCCGCGUGAGAUGGGUGUUUGUCUGAAAAAAACAUUUUUAACAAAGGAAGAACAAAUCCAACAACAGUCUUUUUCUUUUUUAACUGAAGCUUCACGGAAACACAGAAAAAAAACCUAAAAUGUAUAUUUUGGUAGUCUUUAAAAACAAAAAAUUUGUAAUAAUGUUAUUAAUAUUGACAUAAUAAUGAUAAUCUGUAAGGUAUUUUAUUCUGUAAUUGGUUUUAAAGCAAUGUUUUUAUGUCUUCCUGUAAGAUAUUGUAUAUAGAAGUUGGGGUGGGUGUGGGAGGAAAGGGGUGGGGUUUGCUGAUAUGGGGAGGGGUUUACUGAACCGGCUGGCAUGCCAUUGGUUGGUUUGGAUAGGGAUAACAGCAGGACGUCAUGUACUACUUUGUGUGGUCAUCUCACUACUUUUUAUCAGUAUGCAUAAUGGUUUAUGUGUACGUUGUUGGCCAGUCCGCUCGUGCGUUGCCUGCAGGAGUUCUGUCUGACGCAUUUGUUCAGUAAAAGAAAAAAGGUUUUUUUUGUUACUAAGUCAUUGCUGUGUUCGCUUUACUUCACGGAAAAGCAACGUUGACUUUUUAUAGUUUUUAACACCACGGUGAACCAGAUUUCUACUUCAAAUGAAGUCGACAGACUACGGAGGAGCAACAAACCUUAAAAGAGGAGAAAUCACGGGUUCACGGGGUUCGGGGGGGAGGGGUUGACCUGACUUCCUCUUUUUUGAAAAUAUUAUAUAUUUUUUUGUGCGAUUCACUUCUCAAUGUUUUUUUGUUGUUGUUUUUGUUAAUUUUCUUUUUGUAUUAUUAUUCUUUAACGCGGGAUUUUCCACCGCGAAAACAAAAUGAAGGACAUUCUCAGAGAAGCAAUUGUAGAAAACAUCACGGUCACGUUCUGUCAUAUUAUCACUAUUGAAGGUGCAUGUGGUUGCAUCUGAGUGUGUGUGAGUGAGUGUUGUGUGCAUACAUCAACGUGUAAAAUGGAACUACUUUCGGCAACGAAGGAGCAUUUCGAUUGCCUUUUUUUGGUACUGAAAAAAAAAGAAGAUCACCCUGUUCCAUUUUGGCUCAUCUGCUCCUCUCCCCUGCCUCCCUCCCAUUUCGUAUUUAGUUCUAAAAAAUGUCUGCUCCUCUGGAUCCGACAUGUUGUUGUUUAUCGACCGUUGCUGCUCCGUGUAGUGGUGAACAGAGGGGGCCUGGGCAGGGAACCACAAAUCGAACAGGGUCUCGCUCCCGGUCGGCUCUGAUGCAGGACCUCAGUACAGAUGACGCUGGCUGGCAGGAAACGUUAAAAGAAAAAAAAAAGCUUGAACAAAUUCAACAUUUGCAAAAAAAAUAGAAAAGUCGGCCAUUUGUUUAGCCUUCUUGUGUGACGUUAGCCGCAGCAGCAACCUUCCUGGUCCAGCCAGCAGCUCCUCUGUCAGACCACCUGGGACACAACAUAAAACUACUGCUGGACACCAACACUGUAACUUUUUAACUUACAAUAAAGCAAUAAGUUAUUUUUUACCUUACAAAUGAAAAUAGUACUAUUAUUGGUAAUAGCAGACGACGUGUGGAUAAUUCUGCGGCAUUAAGACUUAUUUUCAGAAAAAAAAAAGAAACUAUAUUUUUCUGUUUGAAGAUCUUGUUCCCCUUGUAUAUUGAUUUUAUGAUGUCUUUUUCUUGUGUUGAUGUGAGGAAAAGGGCCAAUGCUUUGAAUGGAGCUCGUAGCUCCACAUGAGCUCAGUUAAAGUUGAAGAUUUCGGCUGUCCUCUGCCAAGCUUUACAGCAAUGCUUUUCUUUUCUCCUUGUUUUUUUCUGACAGUUUCAAUUUUAAAAUCCUAAUAAAUUAUUCUAAAGCA